AUGGAGAGAUCUGAAGCAGCAAGUUCACAGAAAUCGGCAGCAGCAGAAGCAGCCAAGAAAACCAACAUAGGAAGAUCAAGAAAAGGCUGCAUGAAAGGCAAAGGAGGUCCAGAAAAUGCUAUGUGCACAUACAAAGGCGUCAGGCAACGCACUUGGGGCAAAUGGGUGGCCGAGAUCCGGGAGCCGAACCGCGGCGCCCGGCUCUGGCUGGGCACGUUCAACACUUCUCUUGAAGCUGCUGUAGCUUAUGAUGAAGCUGCAUGGAAGCUCUAUGGCCCCGAAGCGAAGGUUAACUUGCCAUAUAAUUGUCCUACUACUUCAGUUUCUGGUUCGGAUCAUGUUGUAAAGGGUUGUGAGUCUGUGGGCAGAAGUUUGUUUGUUGGGGAGUCUGGAGGUUCGAGUGGGAGUUCGGAGGAUGGUUUUGUGGAGGGGAGUUCGUUUUCUGGUUGGAUUGACGGUGAAGAAAAUCUGUAUUGGCCGCAGUUGCUGGAGGCAAACGAUGCAUUGGAGGUGAACCAUAUUGGGUUUCCGAUGAGUGAUUUGUUGGGUGGAGAGGAUUUUAAGGACUGGGAUGGGUUACAAUCUCCAUGGAACUUGUGA